CAAUGUCUGCAAAGUCGAGAGAAAUCUCACUCUCUGCUUGUCAAGCCUUCCAACACCAGAGAGAGAGAGAGAGAGAGAGAGAGAGAGAGAGGGUCCUCUCAAAUGGCGAUGUCCACUCUUUUCUCCAUUGCAGUUCUUAUGGCUGCUUCUUUUCUAUUAUCAGUCUCCAAAGCUCAGAUAAGCAGUGGUUCAAGUUUUUAUCACGAUUUCAUCGUAAACGGGGCUGUGAACCAAUUUAGCACUUCUUCGGAUGGGGCUAUCUGGUCUCUUGCUUUGACCAAUGCAACAGGUUGUGGAUUUGCAUCAAACGAGAAAUACAUGUUUGGGUGGUUCAGCAUGAAGCUCAAGCUGGUUGGAGGUGACUCUGCUGGUGUAGUCACAGCUUAUUAUAUGUGCUCGGAUGAUAAUACCGGGGCAACGAGAGAUGAGGUAGAUUAUGAGUUCUUGGGGAACACAACAGGGCAACCGUACCUAAUACAGACCAAUGUUUACAAGAACGGAACCGGUGGCCGGGAGGUGAGGCACCAGCUUUGGUUUGAUCCAACUGCAGAUUUCCACUCGUAUUCUAUCCUUUGGAACGACCACCAGAUUGUGUUCGUUGUCGACAACGUUGCAAUAAGGGUGUACAAGAACGCAAACUACACCAACAACUUCUUCCCCAACACGCAGCCCAUGUACAUCUUCUCGAGCAUCUGGAACGCGGACUCGUGGGCCACGGACGGCGGCCUCGUCCACACAAACUGGUCCUACGCCCCGUUCGUUUCCUCCUACACGGCUUUCACCGCCGACGCUUGCCUGUGGGUGGACCCGUAUCCUGCUUGUAUCAACACCACCUCGCAAAACUGGUGGGAUCAAUACGGCGCCUGGCACCUUUCCGAAGACCAGCUAUUGGACUACGGUUGGGUUCAGAGGAACCUUCUAGUUUAUGACUACUGCGACGAUACGGUAAGGUACCCUAUAUUGCCUGAGGAGUGUUCGCUCGAUCCAUAUAGCUGAUGAUCGAGAGGAAGAAGGCGAGGGGAUGAUUCUUUUCUGCUUUUUUACAUUUAGAUUCUUCUGUUUAUUGUUUUAUGAAAUCGGAACUCAAUAUUUACGUAUGCUGCCUAUAUUUUCACCUAUUAGAGUGAUAGUAAUGCUUUCCCUUUUUUAAUGAGGGUGAACAA